AUGCAAGCCCUCCGUAUCGCUGCACGUCCUGCAGCAAGCCUCCGCAGAGCCACUGCGAACGCAGUCCGCACCUAUGCCACACCUGUUCCACAUGUAGAGUACCCGCCUUCCAAGGACCCCCAGCUCGCGGGAUACCCAGAGCUCCCGUACGUCUCAAAGCAGCGCCGUUCACCCUUAGGCUGGGACGACCCACAGAUGCGUCGCAACUUCGGCGAACCUCUUCACGAGCAGGAGGAGAUACUCUCCAUGUGGGGUCCGGACGCACCCGUAGUAGACCCUCCACGAGCUCUUCGCAACUUCAUCAUCGCGGUCGGAACAUUCGCCGGUAUCGGCAUCCUCUGCUAUGCUGUCCAGGCAGAGAUGCCUGCCGUUCGACGCGAGUACCCCUUCGAUGGCCUCCAGGAAGAGCUUGGCGGACUUGCGGAGAACAAGGCGAGGCCGGAAAGCCAGGAGGACGAGGAAUGA